CUAACAUUUAAAGCAAAUAACUGUAAAUUAUUAGCACAAACUACAACCAUUGCAAGCUUUUGUCAAUUUUGAUGCUGCUAAGCAUUUAUGUUGUAGACCGGUUCACUGUCAUAUUUGUAUCCAUGCAGAAUUCAAAGAAGCUCAAAGGAGAAAAAAGCAACUGCAAGAAAGGUGUAAGUUGGAGGAGAGCAUUGGGAACGCUGCAUUAACCUGGAACAAUGAAAUCCUGCCCAACUGGGAAACCACGUGAGUAAACAUCAGUGAUCUUAAAGGAACACUCCAAGCUCCAUCACCACUACGGCCCAUUGUAGUUAUGGUUAUGGUGUGUGACGUAGCCUGACAUCCACCAGAGUAAUCUGUCAAACCAUUCCUCACCUCCUUUAACCAGCUUCUUGAGCCAACACCUUUACUUUUUGUUUCCAUUUGUCAUUCUGUUACUUUGUAUUGCAGCACAUGUGUUUAGAUGUCUUCAAAUUUAAUUAAUCUUGUGCGUUUUGUACAUUUGUGAAGCAUGCAAAUGUUAACGUGUAGAAUUUAGCCUGCUGGGUAAUUAAUUUUCAUACAUUUUAGUGUCCAUGCCCACAAGUGAUAUAUGGAGAGAAUUCAAGCAGUUGUCUGAUAUGAUCAGAUUUCACCAUGGCUUUUAUUAUGUGUGAUAAAAGGAUUUUAUUAUUAUAUAUUUUACUUUUUAUUGCCUGGUGCCUUAAUCUAUUUGACAAUUUUAAAGAAGAUUGCCAUCUGUAUUUGUGUCCAGUUUACAAGGAUUAAACUAUCUUAUGAUGGGAGUUGUUUAAACCAGAACCAAUGUUAUAAUAAGUUCUAUAUUCCAAACUUUAUCCUUCCUCGUUGGAACCUGUAUUGCAUGUGUGCUGUGUGUUUGAAGAGUAAAAAAUUAGAGGUUGUACCUUAGUCUUUACCUUGAUAAUAACCUCCAUUGAGAUAAACAUUUUCUAAAGUUCUGUUUGAUUCCCUCUCUUUCAGGUCUUGCUCUCGUAAAGUCCGGGAGAUGUGGUGGCAGGGGAUACCUCCCAGCGUGAGAGGGAAAGUCUGGAGUCUGGCGAUAGGCAAUGAAUUAAAUAUCACCCACGGUGAGUUUGGAGAACGUGCCUGUUACAAUGCUGAAAUAGUACAGGUUUAUUUACUAAAGUAAGACUUGUCUGUACAUUUUCUCCAAAUCCGUUACGUUUCCAAUUCCUCUUGGGCCUUAAAUUUUGAAGCUAUAACAAUUCACAAAUUGCAGAAUAUCUUAAUUAUAAUGUAUCAGCACACACUCAAACAGUGGUUUGUCUCCCUUAACAUUAUCUCCACACCCUCCAUGCGUUUUGGAAAUGGUUGUACCAUACCAAACAACUACCCCAACUAUCCUCUCUAGCUCAUCCAAAUGACCUGAAUUCUGUGUUUCCCAGGUUGUUUCACUAGAAAGCUAAAUCGGGGGUUCCCAACCUAGUCAUUAAGGCACAGUUGUCCUGGUUUUGUCAGUAUCCCGUUUAGCAUAUGUUUGAAAAACAAAUGCAUAAAUUCUGGACUGCUGAUAAGCCGUGGGACUGGGUUGGAAACUUUUCAUCUAGGCAAGAGACCAAACCCAUGGGACAUCAGAUGGAUUUUACAACAUUCUACACGUUUGCUUAAAAAUAGUUCACACUGGUGUAUGUGUACCAGGCACUCCUUUUCUUAACUGCAUUCCUAAUAAAAAUGUUUUUAUUAUGGGAUAUGUGAUCAGCCUGUUUUUGAUUAUGGGCAUUUCUGUUUCUAGAGCUGUAUGAUAUUUGCUUAUCUCGAGCAAAAGACCGGUGGAAAUCUCUAAGCAUGGGAGGAUCUGAAAUGGAAAAUGAAGGUGUGUUUUGUGGUUUUUAUGUGAUAUAUGAAUUGACUUGCUUUUCUGCCUUGCCAUUGCAUAAGUCAUGAGUGUUCGCAGCAUUAAUCCAUCUGUAUAAUACUGUAUUUUGCUGUGUUAAUCCCUUAAUCAAAGAAUAUAAAAUGUGUUUUUGUUACACAAUUAUGCAGCAUUGUUGCUGAUUAUUCUUUUUUGCACAUUACUCUGAUCUUUCUCCAUCAUAUUACGCUUUGGCUGUGAUUAGUUUAACUUGAGUUAUUUUUUUGUUGUGUGCAAUGAAUAAAAUAACAGGAAAAAAAAGAAACCUAUCCAGUAUCCAAAAUCAGAAUCCCAUUGUAAGGAUUAUGGUGUAAUUAUUAACUGACCAUUUGUCUUUUCUGGCAGCAAAAAAAAAAAAAAUUAACAAAAUCUCUGGAGGUCAUUUGUCACCCUGUCCUUACAAACCUCAUCUCACACCAAAAAAAAUUAAACCCCUUACACUGAUAUUACAGUAGGUUGUACAGAGUGGUACCUAGUGCACAAAUUACUGCCUUUUCUACAAUUUUCUUCACAACUAUCUGUGAAGGAGCCAAAGUCACUUGGCUGAGGCUAUAGGUUUAUUCACAAAAUUGCUAUCCGCCUGGGCAUGGACUUUUAUGACCUGGAGUUCUAAACUCCUGGAUUUUAUUGGAGUCUAAAAGAGUUUUGAUAUAUUGAGCAUGGGAUUAUGGGCAAGAUGCAACAGAUGUGGCAUGUGUUAUACUCAAUGGCAUCUUCUGUUAUGUGUGUCCACUGUGCCUUCCAAGCAGUUACCAUAACUUUGACAAUAUCUUCUGCCCUCCACCCCACCUCCCUCAGUGUGCCAUAAAAAUAAAAUAAGUUACCUAAUUACCUACUACAAUGUGAUGAUGGAGCUAUGGCCCCCUCUAGCUAUACCCAGUCAUCAGAGGAGCAUUGGGAUCCUGACUUGCAUGAGUGGUAAGUGAAUUAAUUGCUUUACUUUCAGCGUUUGUUUCACGUGACCAUUGUACUCGGUCAGUCCCAUGGCAGCGCCUCUAGUGGCUGUCAGUAUUAUAGCCACUAGAGGCGACCCUAACCCUGCAAUGUAAAAAGGACAGGGACGCUGCACCCAGACCAAUUGAUUGAGAUAAAGUGGUGUAGGUGACUAUAGUGGUCUUUAAAUUGAGAACCCGUAUGGAUGUAAUGAUGUCAAUAGGAGUGCACGGAUGUGUAUUUUCGUUAACCUUUUUUUAUAAUGAACUUGUGUAGAGAAAAUUAUAUAUUGGGUUUAUAUUGAAAAUUUUUGUUCCAACCCUAUUGCCUACGUUAAAAAAUACAGACUUCCAGGAUCAUAUAAUUGACAAAAAUCUGUUCUUACAAAUUGUGGCAUGUGACAGCUGUAGAUUAUUACUACACAAUUUUGGUUUUGAAUACAUUCUGCCCCCUGGAUUUAAAUUAAACUUGAAAACCAAGACAAUCUGCUCCUUCCAGAUUGUGCAGGGGAAGAAGUGUUUGGCUUUUGGGAAAUCUAUCCAAAACAAGUUUUUAUUCUCUGUGCGAUCAUCAAUGUGACGGGACGUUACAUUUUAUUCUUAAAGCGUCAUUGCAAACAUGAUUGCGAUCAUAAAAUAUUUACUAUAAUCUGCCAAUAAUAUAACUUGUAUUAUGCCAAUCGUGAAUGGUGCAGGUAAUGUUUAAUUUUUCAUACCAUUAUUAUUAAAGAAAAAAAGCACAUCCUGAGAAAAUAUAUUUUAUUAUUGCAUGAAAUAUAUUAUAUAUAUAUAUAUAUAUAUAUAUAUUAUAAAAAUUUCUUUCUUUAUUUUUUUUUUUAAUCUUUUAAGUUAAGGUAGUACACAGGGAAAUGAUCUAAACUUUUUUUUUUUUUUAUGGAAUUUUUUUUUUUUUCUCCUAUGUAUCAACAGGGAAUUAAUCCUUUUUUUUGUUUUUCCCUGCAGAUUCAGGAUUGCCUGCAGCAGACAGAGAAGCCAGUUUAGAGCUAAUUAAAUUGGACAUUUCCAGAACGUUCCCCAGUCUGUGUAUUUUUCAGAAGGUAUGCAUUGCAUUUAUCUCAACGCUCCGAGUUCCGCUGUUUAGUUUAGCUCCCUUUGAAAAUAAUGCUUGGUGCAUGGCCUAUGGCACCAUCACCCAAAACUACUAGGACAGAAAAGUGUUCUAAGGAGUCACUUAAAGGAACACUGUAAGCACAAGAACUCCAACCGCUUAAGACACUGGUUAUACUACAGUAAUAAUUGGGUCUGAGCACUGACAAUGCGUUUUAUUAAAUUUUCAUGGUCUGUUGCCAAUUUUUUGGGGGUUUGUAAUUUUUUUUUUUUUGGUCUUGUCAUUUCCCUCCACUCCACUCCCCUCCCCUCCCCUCCCAAGUAUAAAUGACAAUUUGGUACAUUAACAUUUUUUUUCCCUGAAAUGAAUAACUUAAUGUACAGAUUUUUCUCUCCCUAACUGUCCCAUGAAAACCAGACUAUUUAACAGGGAUCAUGGCAAAACAAGACAUUUUGCCAAAGAGAAUUGUAAUGUGUAGCCAGGUACUAGGUGUAAAUUAUGGGCGAGUCCGGUCAGGUGACCACCAUAAUCUGUAACUCCAUAGAUUAAAUAGACAUUACAUAAAAUGAACAUUUUUUUUUUUAAUUUUGUGCUGCUUUAUUCCAGGGUGGCCCUUAUCAUGACAUGUUGCACAGUAUUUUAGGGGCUUACACGUGUUACAGACCAGAUGUUGGUUAUGUAAGUAUUUUUUUUCUAAUAUUGUUAUACAAUUUUAAAUGCAUAUUUUCAACUUUAUAUAUACACCAAGGUCUCUUUGGCACUUUUGCCAUGCAUUCAUUCUACCACAAUUUCACCCUUUCUGUUUAAGUGCACCCAUACAUAUUAUAUGUAUUUUUUUUUUUUAAACAAGAAAUAGGGUUUUCUUUUGAUACCCUAUAUGCCUGCAUAAGGCAAUAUUACACUGCACAUAGCUAGUCACCAACAGUGACCCCAUCUCAGGUAUUUAAUACCUUGGGCUCCUUAUUAACAUUAGGGGACCUGCUGGUACUUUAAUAACUCAUGGUCUGUGCAGUCAAUGGUCAUAAAAGUCCUGCAAUGCAUGAUUAUAGCCAUAGACAGUCAUGUGAUCAUUGAGGGAUUAAACCAGUCAAGGUGUUGCUUGUAAUUUAGAAACCUCAGCACUUAAGGCAACGUCAUGGCAUUUGUGUUUUUGUACAUUGUUGAUGCCUUAGAUGUGUGUUUGCCAUAAUUACUACUAUAACUGGUUCUGUUGAUGGUAUUUGCAUCAAUUGUAGUAAAGGACAUCCCUGUCUUCUUCAAGACUAUGGAUCCUUGGUUUGUGGCAUUGAGGGUUGUGUUUAAAUCAGGGAGGUAUUGCUUCAUAAAUUCAGUAGAUCCAAAUUAUCACAGGAUGCCCUUCCUAGACUGAAUUUAUUGGCAUUUUUAAAUAAUAAUAAUAAUAGGCUCCAUAUAGACUAAGGUGAAAUGCUUUCUCAGCAUCCGGAGCUAUAGUCAACAUUUGGGUCUCUCCUUACGACUUCAGAUAGCAAAUCAGAUAUCAAAGUAUCUUCUAGUAUUGCUGUUGUCUGAAUGAUGUAGGUGACUGUAUUCUUUUUCAGAUCUUACCUAUGUUUAUAGAAUUGAAUUUUGUUGGUAUUAGAAAACUACAAUUUGCUGCAGAAACAAUAAAUUUUUCUUCAGUUUUAUCUCAAAGAAAAAUUCUUGUUAAAUAUUCAAAAAGUAGAAAAAUGGAAAAUUGAUACAAACUCCAAAUACACUUACACAUCAAUUGAGACUAAAUGUAACACAAGUUUAACAUAUCUUAAACAACAUUUGUGCCAUUCGUAUAAUAGAGCCAAAUAACCUUCUGGCUUAAAAAAAUGAAAAACUUGUAGAAAUAACUUUAAAUAAAAUACAUUCUAAAUGAUUUACUUCAGCUGUAAGUGACUAGUGACUUCUACUGUCAUAAGUAUUCUUUCUCCUAUGACUGGCUUAUUGUGUUUUUUUUAAUUUUUAUUAUUAACAGGUGCAAGGAAUGUCUUUUAUCGCUGCUGUAUUGAUCUUGAAUUUAGAUACUCCCGAUGCCUUUAUUGCUUUUUCAAACCUUCUGAAUAAACCAUGUCAGAUGGCAUUUUUUCGAGUUGAUCAUGGCCUUGUAAGUAUUUAUUUAUUGAAAUCCUAGUCCUGGGGUAGGCAACCUAUGGCACGUGUGCCAUGCACGGCACUCAAGGUGUUUUUGAACGGCACUCAAGGUUGCUAGAGCCAACAGGCUCUGUCCUAUUAGAAGUCCCAGUGAAACUCCAGAUAUCUGCUAACACGAAAAGGUGGUGAAGGAAAAUCCUCAAUUUAUGCAUUGCAGCACAUAGAGGAACUGAUCCCAGAUCACUUCCUCUCAGCACUUGUAAAUGGGAAUCGGCACUGGAGUAGAGCAGCCUGCAGCUGCUGUUGCAGCUCCUGUCCUUGACCUGUACCUUUCCAGCCUGGUUCCCACUGGAACCCAGGGAAGCCACUCACACUGCUCCAUAUACACAGAAAUGCAGAAUAACCCUCUCCUCAUACAAAUAAUAUGAACAGCCCACACGCACAAUCUGCACAAAUGUAACACCAAUAACAAUCCACAUACAUGCACAUAACCCCACAUGCAGCCUCACACAUGCAAUACCCCAAACAGCCCCCACACACUACCAAACACACAAUGUGAAAUAUCCAUCCACACACAAUUCCACAAGCAGCCCCCAUACACAGCCGACAUACAUAUGUAUCAUACACGAUACCAUAAACUACUAAUGAACAUAUACAAUAUAAUAGCUCAUAUACACACAAAUACAAUGAUACAAAGCAAUAACAGUAAAAAUAACACAAGCAGCAUACCCACCUCAAUUUAAAUAAAUAGAACCGGCACGCUACGGGACAUCACAAUCUUAUUUCGGCACAGUGCUGCUAAAAGGUUGCCUACCCCUGUCCUAGUCCAUUGCUGAAUUCCUAGACCAUGCAAAUCCCUUCUGAUUUGGAGACGCUGCUUCACAAUGAGUACCAUCCCACUGGACAGGCUGUCUUGAUUUAGUAUCACAUGCACGUUCCAUGCUCUUAGAACAAUUCUGAUCUACCAGAACUAAUGUUAGAAAAUUCUAACUUUUUUUCUUUUUUUGGAACAUCAAUGUUCCUCUAGAAUGUAAGCUCAUUGAGCAGGGCCAUCCACUUCUCUGUUCCUGUGUGUCCAGUUGUCUGGUUACAAUUACAUGUCUGCUAGUCCACCCAUUGUACAGCGCUAUAGAAUCUGAUGGCGCUAUAUAAAUAAUAAAAUAAUCAUGACAUCUGCUGCUGGAUAUAGGCACAGAAUGUAUCAUAUGUUUCUGUAUAAUUAUCUGACAUCUUAUGGUAUUCUCUGCAGUAUGCAAAAGGUUUCAAUACGAGAAUUAAUGAGUUGCAGUGUUGCCCCUUUUCCCCAUAAUUACAGAUCAUACCUACGCAAAUGCAAAAAUAAUAUCAGAAUGGUCCAUGCCCAAUAUUAGAAAUAGCGUCUUUACUAAAUAUAUUUCUCACUGUUUUUUAUUUAUCAACACCAAGCUUUAUUAAGAUAUUAAUUAGAUAUAUGUCCUUGCUUUUAGAUGCUAACCUACUUCGCAGCGUUUGAAGUAUUUUUUGAAGAAAAUCUUCCGAGGUUAUUUGCACACUUCAAGAAAAACAACCUGACACCAGAUAUCUACUUGAUAGACUGGUAAGUUCAGUAGAUCAUUCCAGCUUAUUGUGUUUAACAUUCUAUACGGCACUAUAACACUGCAUCACAGAGCACUCAUCUCUACAGUGUCUUGCAUCUAUUUCUCAUAUGUGCAUCCAUCCAUCCAUCCCAGGUUAGUAAAAAUAUCCAUAGCUGAAUUUUUUAUUUUUUUUUGUUUAAUCCGUUCUGAAAAAUCUUUUUUAUCUUGAUAUGCAGUCCUGGUGAAGGCUCAUUCUUCCUGACCUUUUGCUUAAUCAUGCCCUUGUGACAAUCUGCAUAUUGCCAAAGAAAAUUCUAAUGUAUGCAUGAAUCAAUUUACCGUAUAUACUCGAGUAUAAGUCGAUCCCCCUAAUUUUACCCCACAAAAAUGGGAAAACUUAUUGACUCGAGUAUAAGACUAGGGUAGAAAAUGCAGCAGCUACUGGUAAAUUUCUAAAUAAAAUUAGAUCCCUAAAAAAUUAUAUUAUUUGAAUAUUUAUGUGCAGUGUGUGUGUGUGAGUGCAGUGUGUGUGUGUGAGUGCAGUGUGUGUGUGUGAGUGUGCAGUGUGUGUGUGUGAGUGUGCAGUGUGUGUGUGUGAGUGUGCAGUGUGUGUGUGUGAGUGUGCAGUGUGUAGUGUGUGAGUGUGCAGUGUGUGUGAGCUGUGUGUGUGUGUGAGUGCAGUGUGUGUGAGCUGUGUGUGUGUGUGAGUGCAGUGUUUGUGUGUGUGUAUGUGAUGCAGAGCCUUGGUGGGGGGUGGGGGGCAUUUUCAAUAUUUUUAAAAAUUAUUAUAAAUUAUUAUAAAUUAUUAUAAAUAAAAAAUAAAAUAAUGUAUUUUAAAAAAUUAUAUAUAUAUAAUUUUUUAAAAUACAUUAUUUUAUUUUUUAUUUAUAUUUAUUUUCGUCCCCCCUCCCUGCUUGUUAGCUGUCCAGGGAGGGGGGCCCUCAUUCCCUGGUGGUCCAGUGAAUGGGCUGUGCAGGAGGGGGGCUGGCAGAGAGCUGUUACUUACCUUUCCUGCAGCUCCUGUCAGCUCCCUGCUCUCUCCUCCGUUCUGGUCAGCUCCCUUCUCCUCAACUGUAAGUGUCGCGGCCGCGCGGAGCGUUCCCCGCGGCUCUCGCGAGACUUACAGUGGAGCUGACCAAACCGGAGGAGAGAGAAGGGAGCUGACAGGAGCUGCAAGAAAGGUAAGUAACAGCUCUCUGCCAGCCCCCCUCCUGCACAGCCCAUUCACUGGACCGCCAGGCUUGUAAUGAGCCCGGCGGUCCUGGUCUGUAUUAUGGCAAUGUAAGUUUCCAUAAUACAGACAUUGACUCGAGUAUAAGACGAGUGGGGGGUUUCAGCACAAAAAUGUGCUGAAAAACUCGUCUUAUACUAGAAUAUAUAUGGUACAUCUGUCUUGUCUCUAGGGGUUUUUAUCUAGUUUCAGGAACUCCAUAUAGUAUCAAAAUAUGUAAGCUUUCAGCUUUUGCUUUUAUUUUUUUUAAUAUAUACUGGGGUCUAGAUAUUAUUUACCAGAUAUGGCUAUUACAUUGAUCACUAAAGAAUAAAAGAGUAGAGUUUAGUAUACCAGGAAUUGAACGUGGAACUCAAUCUAACUGCACAGGAUCCCAUUGUACAGCGCUACAGAAUCUGAUGGCACUAUAUAAAUAAUAUAAUAAUACUGUUCCGAGCCCCGCCAUCCUGUCUAAUACAAUGGCUAUGUGCUUGUUCUUUAAAUGAUCUGUUAUGUUGUCUUGCAGCUUUUCAGUGAGCAAACAUUUUAGAAAGUCAUGUUCCUGUGAAAAAAUUGUCUAUUAUCCCUUUUUUCAGCUAUUGCCAUGGUUAUUCAUGCAUAAACUGCUUUAGUUAAUAGUAAUCACCUGGAUACAUUUGGGACCUGCAGACUACCUCAGUGUAAAACAUCUUUCUGCACAUUAAAACUUAAAGAUACUAUGGUAGCAAAACAACAUUAUUCUUUAAUGACUUAUAAUACAAUUAUAUACAUCAGACUGCACUCAUUCUUCUGCCCAACACACCAAUAAGUAGUGCUGACCUGUGCUGUAUCUACUGUAUUUAAAGGGACACUAUAGUCACGAAAACCACUUUAGUUUAAUGAAGCAGUUUUGGUGUAUAGAUCAUGCCCCUGCAGUCUCAAGCUCAAUUCUCUGCUAUUUAGGAGUUAAAUCACUUUGUUUAUGCAGCCCUUGUCACACCUCUCUACACAGCCUUCCUAAACACUUCCUGUAAAGAGUUAUUUAUUUUUUAAACUUCCUUUAUUGCAAAUUUUGUUUUAUUCAGAGCAGGAGAUGAAAACGUUCAAAGUAAGUGACAUUGAAAAUGAAAAGUGAUUGAAAAUGAAACUAUUUUGUUUUCAUGCAGGCUGUGUCAGUCACAGCCAGGGGAGGUGUGGCUCUGGCUGCAUAAACAGAAACAAAAGUGAUUUAACUCCUAAAUGUUAGAGAAUUGAGCCUUGAAACUGCUGGGACAUGACCUAUACACCCAAACUGCUUCAUUAAGCUAAAGUGGUUUAGGUGACUAUAGUGUCCCUUUAAAUGUGAAGUGUAUUGUUCAGAAUGUCAGAAUGAUCUCCUUGCUUGCGAAGGAUCUUGAAUAGACAUGAUGAAAGCGAGGAAACCAACACAGUUAGCAAAUUGAAGAACGUUUAUAGGAACCUUUGUAUCAAAUAAAAUGGCCUCCAGUGGAUGAAGAAGAAACAUUUCACAGGCAAUAAAAUGAGAAUGAGGUCACGGAGGGAGUAGUCGAUUGCCAGAAUGACGAUAUCAGGGUUUCCUGAUGGUGAAAACCAGCAGGUGGUAAAUUAAGAGCACAAAGGUUAUGGUCUCCAGUCUAAAUACCUUUUAAAUAAAGGAUGAUGCCAGGUAAAUACCAGUAUUAGUCUAUGAGGUGACCAGCAUAGAAUUCAAAAGUUGUAAUGAUUUAGGCGGGUGUUAGUGUUACAGAGAGGGGUGUUUGCCGUUUAUCAUCCUGGCACCGGAGAGUACUUUUUAGGAUAUUCAGUGCUCUGUAUGAAGUUUUCAAACACUGGGUUAGAACUCAUUUUGACCUACUGCUUUAGUACUCUGUGCUAUUGGAUCUACAUGCAGCAAACCUUAUCUUUAUGUUCUUUGUUUCUUUAUGUACCUUCUGCAGGAUUUUUACCUUGUAUAGCAAGUCGUUACCACUGGAUUUAGCUUGUCGAGUAUGGGAUGUGUUUUGCCGCGAUGGAGAAGAGUUUCUUUUCAGGACUGCCCUGGGGAUCCUUAAACUUUUUGAAGACAUUCUGACAAGAAUGGACUUUAUCCACAUUGCCCAGUUUCUCACCAAACUCCCAGAGGAUUUAACCUCCGAGGAUUUCUUUACCUCCAUUGCCGCUAUUCAGAUGCAAAGUCGGAACAAGAAGUGGGCUCAGGUAAGAAAUUUGCUUUUUGACGUUUUGACAUUUUCUGAUGUUAUUUAUUUUUUAAAGGGUAACUCCAACUACUAUGACACUUAAGUGAUUUGAUGCAGUCAUGGUGGUAGAAGUAUGUAUAUGCAGUGUUUUUGCUUGAAGCACUGCACAUACUGAGAUAUUUUUGUUUGUUUGUUGGGGGCAAUUUUUUACCACCAACACGUUACAUUGGCAGCCCGAAUUCUGCUAUUCACAGGUUUUUUUAAAUAAAAAACCUAUGGUUGGACUGUGCAAGGCGCCAGUGAUCUUGGGAGGGGGUGGUGCGGAGGUUCACACCGGUAUGCCUCAGCUGGCACUUUAUUCCAUUAUUGUAAAUUGAGGGUGGAGAAAUCUUCUCCAUAGGGCAGUGUUUCCCAAACCAGUCCUCAAGACCCCACCAACAGUCCAGGUUUUGUCAGUAUUUCCAUUGGAAUAAAACUGGGAAAUACAUAAAUCCUAGAUUGUUGGGGGACCUUGAGGACUGGUUUGGGAACCACUGCCAUAGGGAAUUUUACACCAGAAAGGGUCCCCUCUUCUCCCCCUUUAACCCCUUAAGGACACAUGAAAUGUGUGACAUGUCAUGAUUCCCUUUUAUUCCAGAAGUUUGGUCCUUAAGGGGUUAAAAGGGCUGGAGUAACACUUUAAAGAUACUGUGUAUAUACUAGAGUAUAAGUCGAGUUUUUCAGCACAUUUUUUUUGUGCUGAAACCAGGACCGCCAGGCUCAUUACAAGCCCGGCGGUCCUGUUGGGGGCUGGCAGAGAGCUGUAACUUACCUUUCCUGCAGCUCCUGUUGGCUCCCUUCUCUCUCCUCCUGUCAGCUCCAGUGUAAGUCUUGCGAGAGUCGCUGGGUCAGAACGGGUUACCGUGGCAACGCUUUGCGUGGCACUCACACCGCAAGACUUGCAGGGGAGCUGAGAGAGGAGCUUACUGGAGGAGAGAGAAGGGAGCUGACAGGAGCUGCAGGAAAGGUAAGUUACAGCUCUCUGCCAGCCCCCUCCUACACAGUGCACACCACUGGACCACCAGGGAAUGAGAGCCCCCCUCCCUGGCCAGCUAAUAAGCAGGGAGGGGGGAUGAAUCAAAAUAAAUACAAAUUUAAAUAAUAAUAAAAUAUUCAUAAUCUUUAAAAAAAAAAAAAAAUAUUAAUAUAACAAAAAACAAUUAAAUAUUAAAAUAAUAAAAAAUGCCCACCCCCCACCAAGGCUCUGCAUCACAUACACAAACACACUCUGCAUUCAUACACACACUCUGCAUACACACACACCACACACACACACACUGCAUUCAUACACACACACACACACACACACACUGCACUCAUUAUAUACACACACUGUAAAUAAAGAUUCAAUUAAUAUAAUUUUUUUGGCAUAUAAUUUUAUUUAGAAAUUUACCAGUAGCUGCUGCAUUUCCCACCCUAGUCUUCUACUCGAGUCAAUAAGUUUUCCCAGUUUUUUUGGGUAAAAUUAGAGGUUUCGACUUAUAUUCGGGUCGACUUAUACUUGAGUAUAUACGGUAAAUAUGUAAUUUCAGUCACUUGAUUUUUUUUCUGUAAAUUAGGGUUAGGUGGUUUUUAAAUAUCCAAGAAAAGGUGAGCGUUAUGGUUGCAUAUUAAGGGUGCUUAUUGUAUAUUUUUGUAAUCGAAGAAAUUUGGAGCCAUAUUUAUUAAUGGAAAAACUGAAACGAUCUUGCGACACGCUGCUAAUAUUUCAGUAAUUGUCAUAGAAUCCUUUUAAAUAUUCCUAUUGAUAUAGGUAUAUUUGCCACAUAUUUUAGAUCAGUAAAUAUGCCCCUAAUUGACUGUCCAUAUAAAAGCUGUUAAAUGAUCUCAAUGUUUAAAAAUACCUAAUAGUGUUUACUUUAAGGGUAUUUUGGCAAAUAUGGCAAUGUCAAAUGCGUUGACGGUUUAAAAAAAAUAAUUAUAUAAACUAUUUUUCCCUUCUUUUGUUUUAGGUACUAUCUGCACUACAGAAAGAUAAUCGGGAAAUGGAAAACCGAAGUCCUGCUCUGAAACGCUGAAAAAAUGUUUUUGUACGUUACCUUACGAAAUCAUUCUAAUUCAGGGCUGUCAAUACACUGGAAUGGGCCUUAAUUGUUAAGGUCAACGUUAGGCUGCUCGUUGAGAUUUCUUUCCAAUUGUUACACCUUGUGAGUUGGAAGGAAAUUUCUUAAAAGUAGCACUUGAAUCAAUGUUUGCUUUAAUCUCUGAGGCCAUGCCUCACUGUGUGCAGUAGUUUUGAGUGACUAUAAAUCCAUUGGAUUUUCACUUCAAACAACCAUACCACUCAUAAUGAUCAUUCCUGAAGAUAGCUUGAAUCUUCUGUUUUAGGAAAUUUAUUAACUAUUUUACAAAUUCCACUAAUCCAAAUUAAGUGCAGAAUGUUUUAAUGAAUGUUGGAACCCUUUGGAAAAACUAUAGAUACAGUUUAUCAUAGCUACACAAGAAAUUGAUAUUUACCAAAGAUGCCUGCAAGGUAAAGAGAUUAAAUUAAAGCAAGAAUUAUGUUCAUACUGUAGAUGAAUCUUUUAUGUUCAUGGUUCCAAGCCAUCAUAGCCAUACAAUUAUCACAAAGGCCUAUAGAAGAUCAUCAUAAUAAUCUGGUUGUAAUCCAUUGCUGUAGUGAACCAAUGUCCUGGCUUGUUGGUAUUGUUGGAGUGGUUUUCUACCAUAAAUGCAGUAAAGAUCUGAAAUGUUCAUCAAUGUUCUGCUUCUGGAAGUCCUAUAAAUUGGAUGAAUGUCUGUAUUUGAAGAACAGGAAAGUGAAUUGCUAAAGAGGACCUAUGGGCCAUUAAAAUAUUACAGUAUCCCUGCUUGUGUUAAACUGAGCCAACUGAACAUCAAUCUGUGCUUUAGAGAUUAUUUUCUUUUGAAAGUUAUGCUUGUACUAUUGACUUAAUGGUGACUUUUAAAAGGGUGAAAUAAGGAUCACUUAUGCUUUACAUUGUGCUAGCUGAAAGGUUAGUAAAUGUUUAGAUGUUAUUUUGGGUUUAGAUCGCCACUACUGUGUUGUGAUCACAUUAUAUCCAUCACUCUUUCACACGCACUGGCCACUCAAUAGAAAUGGAUAAUGCAAUGUAUGCAUAAAAAAAAAUCUAAACCCUUAAUUUUGCUGACUUAUCCAUGACUAUGUAAAGCAAAUAUUGAAUAGUUCAUUAGUUUGUCUGGAUUUGUUUUUUUUUGUUUGUUUUUAUUUACUAGUAGUUUCAUAAAGUGGAAGAAUGACAAUAAAAAUAUAAAUCUUUACGAUGGUCUGCCUAAAGGAAAGAUGGUCAAACCCACCUUAUGUUAUGAGUGAAAAACCUUAAAUUAUUUUGUGAAUGUGGGUUAACACCAAUGGAUUUUGAGAACGUGUCUAGCAGUCAUGCAUUCCUCGUAUUUUGGAACAAGCACUUUUUUAACUUUGGAAUUCUCUUUUGUUGUUCAGUUAUUUGUGUUAAUGUUAAUUUGUAUAGCGUUGCAGAAUACCAAAGUUUAGCAUUUUUUUUUCUUAAUUUUAUGAAAGGGUCAAUAAGGGCCUUUGCCGGGCAUUCAGUUUUAGUAACCUGAUUUCAAAAGGCAUUCUGUUUUUGUGUUUCCUCUACAGGUGUAAUGGUUUUUGCAGGGGAAAAAAAAAAUCAACAUUUCUUUGUACCAUUUUCCAUAAAACAUAUUAUAUGCACUGAAUGAUUUUGACAAGAUAAAAAUAACCACACAAGCCUGGAUUUUUAUCUCCCUUGCAAUGAUAAAAAAUAAACAUGAUUGUACUUAAAGAGCACAUACGUCAUCGGUACAAUUCAGUGAUGUUAGAGUGAGCUAAAUCACAGUACAUUGAGGUGAUAUUUGCCGUUGUGAUGUUUGCAGCCAAUUAAUAAUCCAAUCACUCUUUACCAUACACAUUGUAUGAUGGAAUUAUUAUUUUUUUUAAUUACAUUCCGUACUUUAAAUACAUUCAAAUUGUUACACAUAUUUCCCAUAUUUCCAAAUUGACCUGAAAUACUGCUUUAUAGCAUGCCAGUAUGGAUUCCUUGAUCCUUGUGAAUUAUGGUUGAGAGGUACUACAAAUGUAAGGAAGAGCAGACACCUUGCCAAGAUGGUCCAGUCACCCAUGACUACUCAAGCAUCUUCUUCUGGUAGUGCUGUGUGCUCUAUCUUCCAUUGAUCAUGUGCCUGCACAAAACCUUUAUUUAGAGCCCGCAGCAAAAUUAUAUGUUGAUGUACACUCUGUCAUCUUCCACGUUGUGUAUGGACAGUAUUGUGUAUAAUCCAAGUUCAAAAAGGACCAAUAUUGUACAAAAAUAGUCUGAAGCAUUGGCUAAUUGUUAAUUUAUCAGGUUCUUCCCAGAUCUUACACAGUUCUUCUUCACGUGAUAUAUGACUGGUAGGUAGACUUGAAAACACUGAUUGCUAAACUUUAGGACACAAACUGUUAACAAUUUUCUAAUCUUUAUCGAGCCAAAUGGUUGCCCACCCCAAUGAAGUACUAAUGGUCAGCUAUCACCUCAAGUAGAACUGUGUUCUUCAAGGCAGAUCCCAAGGAACUGUGAUCAAUUCAAAGUUUAAUUCAGUUAACAGUGUAACCUUCCACGAUACAUUUCACACUAAUAUCCGAGAAACUUAGUGUGUGUUUCUUAAGAUCUUGCUUUAAAAGAUGAUCAAGGCUACGGUAGAAUAAACUCUGGGAAGUAAUUCUGUAACUCACAAAAUAAAAAUAAACACUGGUUAUAUGUUUUUUGUGAACGAAAUCUACUGGAUAAAUUAUCACGUUUGCGAAUUGCUGUUUUUUGGUUUGUGUAUACUGUAAACUGAUCUAUACAUUUUGUUCUGUUUUGUAUGUAUGUCUGUUCUUAUUUGUGUAUAGAGUUGAAAAAACAAUUGGUUUUAGCAAUGCAAUAUUCCAUUUUGCACAAUUUGUGGGUGUACUGUAGGAAAGUUUGCACGUCAUUAUGCCAUUGCAUUUUGGGAUGCACCCAAUGUUUGUUUAUCCAGCUAGGACCAUACCAAAUCUUUUUAUUUAAAAACCAAUAAGACAUUUGAAUAUCCUCCUCAAUUCAGGGAUUGUAAACAGAUGGCCAUUAAAAAAAAUAUAUAUAUAACCAUUAUAAAUUAACAUUUUUUUUAUUUAUUUCAUUUAAAAAUUCCAUUAAUGCACAUUUUGCCAUUCCAACUAAUUGCAAAUACCGGUGGAUUCACAAAUUGAUUAUAAAAUUGAGUUUAAUAAUCAAUGCGAAUUCCUUUUAUUCUACAGAACCUCAACAGCUAAGCUUAGAUACUACGUCUUCAGAGAGAUGGGGAAGAAGACAAAAUGUUCUCUAAUGUAUCACAGCUUAGUGACUACCAUUAUAAAGGAUAUUUUUAGGUCAAUGAUUCACAGUUCUAUUACUCAGGGUACACAGUAAUGAUACAAAGUAUAAUACAGGGAUGGUAUAUAAGAGAUUUAUAGCGGUUAUUCUACCUGGAUUUCCCACUAACCACGGUUAAUAUUCAUUUUUACGUCCAUAUUUAAGAUGUUAAUGUAUCACAUCUGUGCAUUCCCAAGCUGAGACGGAGCACUGAUUGGCAUGUUCUCAGAGCACUAUAGGGAAAAAAUAACUUUGCUUUAUUUUAGUUAAAUAAAAGUUUGUCAUGUAUGGGUGCCAUGGAAGUCUGAAACUGCUUAAUUUAAUUAUAUUUGUAAUUAUAUAGAGAAUUCCACUUCUAGUUUCAUUUUUUCCUAGUGCUUCCUAUAGAUCUUAAACUGGGAAUGUUAUCUAUUUUUUUGUUUCCUAUUGCUUUAAACAUGACUGUCCUGACCUAAGUCUUGGGUCUAAUAACUACGUCCGAACAACAGGCCCAAUGCCAGCUAAGCAAGUGUUUCCUGUUUAGGGAGUUGUCCUCUUUAAAUAAUUUUUCAUAGGGAACAUCAUUUGGAAUACUAGAAUUAGUUCAUUUCCAAACUCGACAUACUAACACCAGCUCAGGACCUCACUAGAAAAUCCCCCUCCUUCUCUAUAUUGAUCCACGCAGGUGUAUGUUUUACAAUGUGUAUCUGCAUAAAGCAACUUUGAGUCCCGGUCACUUGCUGCUUAUUUUUUUUAACUUUUGUUCUUUUUAACACUGCAACAUCCUACAUUCACAAAACCGCUUUGGGGAGUUGUGUGUUAAAAAGUAACUAACUUUUAAAAUUUAAAAAAUUGCCCUAAAAAAUAAUCAUCCUGCUCAUUGCUCUACUUUUUUAGAAAUGCUUUAUAAAGUAUAUUUAUAGGUACACCCUGUGGUAUAAAUUUGAGAUUUGAAUGGUUUGGCAUGCUAAAAUAAUCCCUUUUAAAGCUAAAGAAAAUUAUGAUUAAAUGCAUCACUAAAAAAAAAAAAAACAUGCUCAAUUUCUCUAAAAUAAAUAAAAUGUGGGUUUGUUGAUGCUUGUAUUCUUGAAAAUUAGGAUUAGGUUUCUGGAUCUUUUACACAUUCGAAAUGCCAAAAAAUUAAUUAUGCAAUAUUCACAGUAUGUACAAGACACAUAUUUAACGUAUGUUGUAGGUAACAUGUUGGCAUUAUGCAAAACAUUCUAAAAUUACAAUUAAAGAAAUAACCACUUAUUUGUGCAGAGUUGUAUGAAAAAAUCCAAUGCAAAUGUUCUAAAUGUACAGUUAUCUGUGUAGAAUUGUUAAAUCGGGGGAAAAGGUGUAUUAAAAAUUGUACUUUUUUGGAUUGUAAAUAUAUGGUUUUAGUAAAUAAAUUUAUGUAAAAAUA